UUCACCCCGUCACGAAAAUAUUAACAAAUUAAGAAAGGGAAAUAAAAGGCUCUCCCAAAGGCGGAAGACAACAGAGAUGAGAGAAAUGAGAGCUUCAACCGCCGCCGGCGCCGCCGCAACAGUGGAGUCCCCCUCCGCCUUCAACAACCCCAACAACAACACAAUCUGGCAAUGGAAAUCUCCGAUACCGUACGUCUUCGUCAGCUUAUCCGUAGCGUUCACUGUCAUUCUCCUGGCCAUCAUCGUCCUCGUCUGUUCCCUUCACAAGCAGAACCAGUCCUCCGACGACGGCGACGACAAAUCCGGCCGAUCAACCGCCGGAAAAUCCCUCCAGAUGAUCACUCCCAGCUUCAUCGUCGUCAUGGCCGGAGACGCCAAACCCUCCCACAUCGCCAUUCCCAUUCCUUCUUCACCCCCUCAUCAUCAGAUCGAACAGCUCUGAAAUAAAUCUUACUUGCGGUUUUUUGGACCGCCCGGGAAUGUAAUUAAGAACACAUAAAAAUGCUGAUGAUGAGUCUUAGAUGUAAUAAUAAUUAUUAUAGUCUUUUUACAAUAAUAGAAACACAAUUUUGGCAUGAAUCUCCC